AUGAGACAGUCACUCAUGUCCGUCAUCUUCGCCGCAGCACUCUUAUUCAGGUGCUAUGCACUGCUGGGGGCAUUACCCAUGGCCAAGACUGAGGAUGGCUCCUUGGAGCAGGACACCUUUGCGUCACUGCUGAGUGAUGAGGCGACGGAAAACAGCCUCAGCGAUGCUGAACUGGGCGCUGCAGGGAAGACCAGAGGGCCGAGGGUGAUCAUCGUCGCAGAUCCGAGUCUGUGGAGGGAUCUGAGGGAGCUGAACAGCGGACUUUCCCUCUACAAGCGGAAAGCUAACUACAACAGCCAGGCCAUCGAGCACAAAGAUGUCGGCCAGGACGUGAGCAUCCCCAUCCUGAGGAGGGACAACAUGAGGUGCAUGGUGGGACGGGUGUACAGACCAUGCUGGGAAGUCUAG